CCCUGCAUUCCCCUCCGGUGCCCAGAUGUCUGCAGACAUGGCCAUGGAACAGGUAAACGGGAACGGCCCGGAGGAACCCAUUGACACCCCGGAGGUGAGCCGCUCCGAACACUUCGCAGCUCUGCUGGAGGCCGGCCUCCCUCAGAACGUGGCCGAGAAGCUGGACGAGCUCUACGUAGCAGGCCUCGUAGCUCACAGCGACCUCGACGAAAGAGCUCUUGAAGCUUUGAAAGAGUUCAAUGAGGAGGGAGCCCUGCAGGUGCUGGUCCAGUUCAAAGAGAGCGAUCUGUCACACGUGCAAAACAAAAGUGCCUUUCUCUGUGGGGUGAUGAAGACUUACAGGCAGAGGGAGAAACAAGGGACCAAAGUUUCAGAUUCCACGAAAGGACCAGAUGAGGCCAAAAUCAAGGAGCUCCUGGACAGAACAGACUACACACUCGACGUAACAACGGGCCAACGGAAGUAUGGCGGACCCCCGCCGGAGCCGGUGUACUCGGGGGCCCAACCCAACGUGGGAACAGAGAUAUUUAUCGGGAAGAUUCCCCGCGACUUGUUUGAAGAUGAACUGGUCCCUCUCUUUGAGAAGGCCGGGCCCAUCUGGGACCUGAGGCUAAUGAUGGACCCGCUGAGCGGCCUGAACAGGGGCUACGCUUUCGUCACCUUCUGCACGAAGGAAGCGGCCCAGGAGGCGGUGAAGCUGUGCAAUAAUCACGAGAUUCGCCCCAACAAGCACAUCGGGGUGUGUAUAUCCGUCGCCAACAACCGGCUAUUCGUUGGCUCCAUUCCCAAGAGUAAAACAAAGGAGCAGAUUGUUGAGGAGUUUGCUAAAGUCACAGAGGGCCUCAGUGACGUCAUACUGUACCAUCAACCCGAUGACAAGAAGAAGAACCGGGGCUUCUGCUUCCUGGAGUACGAAGACCACAAGACGGCUAUACAACCAGAGGAGUCGCCCCCUGGUGGUCAGUGGAGAGAAUGCAGCUUUAACACAUGAAGCAUAGACUUCUAUA